AUGCUUUUUAACGUUAUUCGCUGUCUCCGAUAUGCUAAAAGUAGCUAUAGCAACUGCACCGUUGCUUUUGCCGCUAUUAAUACCGCUUUCGAUAACUUCGUAAGCGCUAAAGACAAUAUGACGCGGAGCGCUUCGAGCAUAUUACCUUUUCCCUUUGCGCUUACGCUAGCCGCUUUUAUUGCUCCCGUCGCUUUCGCUGCUCCUGUCGCUUUCGUCGCACUUAUUAUCGUCGCUCUUUUUGCGCUAGUCGUUGCGCUUGCCGCUCUCGCGGCGGCGCUCGCCGUUGCUAUAACUCUUACGAAGCGCUAA